AUGUCGAAACGAAAGGUCGCACCUGGAGAACAGGCCGCUAGAAAGAAGCAAAAACUCCCUGACAUGAACCAAAAUUCCGCUGUGAAAAGUUCAACCGUCAGAGGUGAUUCGUUAAAAUGGAAAGAGGUAUCUCUUCCUGGACGGCUGGAAGAUGCCGAGGGAUUUUUUGGGCUCGAAGAAAUCGACGACGUUGAGGUCGUGAGAGACGAAUCUACCAACGCCAUCAUGUUUCGUCCCAAAUCCCAAGAGGCAGUAUCGGACGAUUCGAAUGACGACGAGGACGGAGAGGAAUGGGGCGGAUUUGACGACGAAUCGCAACCCCACCAAUCUUCUUCUGAAGAGGCCAAGUCGGUACCUGUUGUCAGUGGGAAAGCCAAAACCCCAUUGCCAAAGGACCAACCGGACAACAAGAAACAAACCCAGAAAUCGGACAAAGCGGCCGAUAUUCAGCCCGGGUUGGGGUUUGAUGUCUUGGAGGAUACUACCGACGACACGAAGACCGACAUAUCCGCAUGGAAAGACCUAGAGCUACACCCGAUCACACUGUCACAGCUUGCUCGACUGGGCUUUUCUAAGCCGACACCGAUUCAAAAAGCUGCUAUUCCGGCGAUCAAGCAAGGUCACGAUGUUAUCGGAAAAGCCGUUACCGGGUCUGGUAAAACACUGGCAUUCGGCUUGCCGAUCUUCGAAGAUUGGCUCUCUACCGCAGCUUCAAUAAGGAACGCGUCCAAAAAGCCCAAGAAGUCAAUACUCGCCCUCAUUCUUGCGCCAACCAGAGAGCUGGCCCUGCAACUCCAUAAACACCUCAAUGAGUUGUGUAUGGGGUUGACAAGUCAUCCAAGUGUGACUGCGGUGACUGGUGGUCUAUCUAUCAUCAAGCAGCAACGACAGUUGGGAUACGCAGACAUUGUUGUGGCGACGCCUGGGCGACUAUGGGAAGUCAUGAACGACACAUCAGCAAACCAUGACACGGAUGUUUUCAUGGACCGCCUGAAAGCGAUCAAGUUCUUGGUUGUUGAUGAAGCGGAUAGAUUGUUGAGUGAAGGACACUUCAAGGAGAUCGAAAAUAUCCUUGACGCCCUGGACCGAGAGGUCGUCGAUGAAGAAGAAGCCACGGAAGAACGGGUCACAAAAGUCUCACAAAAGUCUCAACGACAGACUCUCGUCUUCUCAGCCACCUUCCACAAAGGUCUACAACAGAAGCUGACCGCCAAAGUUAAGCCUGGCAAGCGCAUGAGUGACCAACUACUCACUAACCAGCAGUCGAUGGAAUACCUACUGCGCAAACUCUCAUUUCGGGAGGCGAAACCUACCUUUAUCGACGUCAAUCCUGAGACGCAAAUGGCAUUAGCGCUGUCCGAGUCAAUCGUGGAGUGUGCUGCAAUGAAGAAGGAUCUUUACCUGUACGCGUUACUAAUGCAAAAUACUGCUGCAAAGACGCUGGUCUUUACGAAUAGUAUCUCGGCGGUACGAAGGUUGGUGACGUUUCUGCAAACUCUGAAACAGCCUGCAGUCGGGUUACAUUCGACUAUGCCUCAGAAGUCGAGAUUGCGCUCGUUGGAGAAAUUUGCGUCACAACGUACCGUUCUUAUCGCCACAGAUGUUGCUGCGCGAGGUCUUGACAUUAAGGGCAUACAGUUGAUUAUUCACUAUCAUGUUCCUCGCACCGCAGACAUGUACGUCCAUCGCUCAGGAAGGACGGCUCGUGCCGAGAACUCUGGUCGAUCGAUAUUGCUUUGUUCGCCAGACGAAGUCGCAGGUGUCACGAGGCUGAUUACAGAGGUGCACAAAACUGAUAAGGCCCCUGAUGUUGUGGAUCUAGAUGGUCGACUAGUCAAGAGAUUGGCUGACCGUGUUGAUUUGGCACAUAAGAUUAGCGAUGCAACGAUAGCCAAGGAGAAAACAAACAGCAAAGACGAAUGGCUGCGGAGUGCUGCAGAGGAGCUCGGCGUUGACUAUGACAGUGAAGAGUUUGAGAUCCAGGGGCAGCAGGGACGACGAGGUCGAGGUGGUGGUAAGGCCAAGAAAAUCAAAGAAACGGCGGCUACCGGGAAAGACCAGAUCUCACAAUGGCGAGCUGAACUUCAAAGUCUUCUGGACAAGAGGAUCAAUUUGGGUGUUAGUGAGAGAUAUUUGGCUGGUGGUAGGGUCGAUGUGGAUGCACUGCUGAAUGGCAAGGCCGAUGGUGCGUUUCUCGAGGGUCGAUGAGGGACCAACACGUAUGAUAUCUUCUAUUUGCCAUACUUCUAAGCUGGAGAGGCUUGGGACGAGUUGAACAUCCCUGGUCCA